UUCACCAGGCGCGUCUGCGAUGCGAUUCACUCGGGUGUUUAUUUACCAUCAUCUCUCCAACCCCUCCUCACCCUCCCAUCCCCACCUGUUCACCGCCAUCGAGCCCCGACUCGUCCGCUCGCUAUGGCGCCGCCCGCCAAACGGCUACGCAUCAUGCAGUCUGUCGAGGUCGAUGAGGCGGAUCCCGACUAUUUGGCCGCCAGAGCCAAAGCCACCGCGAAACUCAAGAACAAAUUCGAAUCCAUCUUCGCAAAAUAUGAGGCCAUGCCUGAGGCUAUGACCGAUGAAAUCAACAUGCGCACUGGAGAGAUUGUGGUGGAUCGAGGCCAUUUGCGGAAAUUGGACAGAGAAUACUGCUCGAGGCGCAAACAAGGCGUUUUGGAUGGUUGGAUCGCAGAUCAGCUGGCAGACGAGGUGGGUGAUGAUGGCGACGAGGAAGAGAGCGAUUUGGAUAGCAGAGAUGAAUUGGCGCCAUCCCUGUCUCCAGAGCCCAGAAUGCAAAAGCGUCGCAGGGAGACCAAGCCGGCCGCCAAAGAGAUGGAAACCACCACUCCACGCCAGCCAACACAACCGAUAGACUUGGAGCCGAAUUCAGUACACGUGAACUCAACAAAGGCAACGGUCCCCGUGACAACCUUUCCGAAUCCUGUUGCCGACUGGGCCGAAUCCGUACAGUUUCCUCAGACGCCAGAAGGUCAGCUUGCACAACACACCUUCAUGAUGCAGAUCACCGAAGCCUUUCAGAAGGCUGUGGCCCCUAUAAUCUCAAAUUUGGUAACCAAUACGCCGGGUGUAUUGCCACAGAAGACAACCCCAUUGCAGACCCCUAUCGAACGCGCCAUGGAAAACCAAGAUACCCCAGUCAUACAGUGCACCCCUCCGAAGCUGCCGCCACUUCAGAUAUCGGGAAUUACAUUGCAUUCUUCAUCAAGCCCCGUGCCAGAGAGAUCGAGAGUCUUUCACUGCGCCACACGGACUGCUCCCAUAAGGCGUCCUCGAAGCAAUCAUGACUCAAACGUGCUAGCCGAUAAGGAUUACGGUAUAACCUCUCCAGGGGUCUUGGACCCCCCAAGGGAAAUAAGGAAGUUAUCACCGGAACUGCCUUCCUCUCUCAUUCAGCCAUCGAAGUUCCCAGAUGAGCUACAUCAUCUACUCACACCAACCUCUAUAGAGCAGAACAACACCGCAUAUGAGGACGGAGAAACAGAAGUAGAAUCAAACUUGCAUGAAUUGUUUGCCUCCGGUGGUCAUUUCGAUGACGACGAACGAGACCUCUUAUCUAUAGCAGAUGGACGGGAUAGUACGGCUGAUCUUACGCAAUAUAGUACAGGCCAUUGUGAUCCCCGAGAACAGGAGCCAAUACGAAACGCGGAAGAAGUCAUUCUCUCAUCUAUUGAAAGCGAAACACAUGAGCCACAAAUCUCGCCUCAAGUGGCAUCGCCAGUCACCGUCAAACGGCCACCUUUCUCGACACCGAAUAAAAAAAUCCCGGUAUCAUCCUUCCCCCAAUCUGCCAAUGAAUCCAAACCUCAGAGAUCACUCCCCAAGUUCCAACUCGAGUCCGACUCAGACCCGGAAUCCAAUUUUAGCGAUCUACGCUUCGCUGAUUUAUCCGAUACCCCACUUUCCAAGCGCAAACUCAAGCAAACAUCUUCACCACCUCCCCUUUACAAGCGUCGUUCCCGUGGCCGCCCUCCCAAAAACCGUGCGAACGGAGACACUCCACAGCAGUCAUCCUCCAUCUCACUUGACAGUCUUCAUCCAACCUUAAUCAACGGGGAUACGCUCAGUUCCACUCCCGCUAGAACCACUUGCAUCAAAUGCGAGUCUAAGACCCCACCCUCUCUGUCUCUACUGCCAUCAUCACCGCGGCUCUCCACCAUCACACCCACCGUCACCAAUACAGCGGCACCUCAUCCAACUCCUCAACAUACAAUGCCCCUCAGCGCAGUGUUACGUCACCCUGUUCCUACUGCUUCUACACCACGCUCUGCACCUCAAUUGCGCAACACAAUAGCGUUUCCUUCCACACCCUCCGUUUCCUCUGCUACUACGAAUAAAGUGAAUAUCGAGAGUCAAACGAAGUUACCGCGCUCAGUAUACUCGAGGAGAGUCAGGAAGCAAUGGGCUGCGCAAGGCAGGAGAAGGAAGAGUCCGAGUUCGUGGCGUAGUGGUGUUGGGGCCAAUGGUGGGGGUACAGCAUACGGGGGUUCGCCUGCUGCUGCUGCUGCUGCUGCUGUUGUUGUUCAAAGUAUCGAAGGAGAUGAGGAUAGUGAGGAUGAACUUGCUGCAUGA